GAGUGCAACUUCAGGCGGGAGCAUUGUUUCUAAUUACUCUCUUUGAACAGACUAAUUGUAAAAGGAUUAAAAAUAGGUGCUUUCACAUCCCAUAAAACAGUAGGCAGCAAAUCAAGACCAGCAUACAAACAAAGUUGGGGGUUUUUUUAAGCACUUGAAAAAAAACUGCCCCUCCCACAAAAGAGACUCACAUAAUCACUCUUGAAAACAAUGUGCAAGGGUAAACUUUCGCAGUCAAGCCAUCCUGUUAAUGCUCUUAACUGCUCAGAGGAUCCAAGGAGCUACAGAUAUGUCUACUGAGCUUCCUGCAACAACCAUGGUUACAGAAAUGGACACUUUCACAGUUUCUCAGAAGAACAGUUCCACUUGUGACUUAUACGAGCACAAAGAUACAGCACGGAUACUACUGUCUGUCUUCUACAGCUUCAUCUUAAUUCUCGGGGUGCUUGGAAAUGCCAUUGCCCUCACUGUCAUUUUUAAAAACAGAAAGAAGAUCAACUCCACUACCCUCUAUUCAACAAAUCUUGUCUUCUCCGAUCUCCUGUUCUGUAUCGCCCUGCCUACAAGGAUCGCCUACUACGCCCAGGGAUUUCACUGGCCAUUUGGAGAAGCACUAUGUCGAAUAACUGCUCUCUUGUUCUAUAUCAACACCUACGCAGGUGUAAACUUCAUGACUUGUUUGAGCAUUGACAGGUUUUUUGCUGUUGUCCACCCUUUCCGAUACAAGAUCAGAAGGAUUAAAUAUGCCAAGGGCAUUUGUAUCUUUAUUUGGUUUCUGGUAUUCAGUCAAACUUUCCCAUUACUUAUACAACCCAUGUCUCAGGAAGAAAAAGAAAGGACUACGUGCAUGGAAUAUCCAAACUUUGAAAAAAUAGCACAUCUACCAUUUAUACUUCUUGCUGCUUGCUUAGUAGGGUACCUUAUUCCCCUGGGGAUUAUACUGUUUUGUUACUCUCAAAUUAGCUGCAAACUUUUUCAAACAGCCAAGGAAAAUCCAUUGACUGAAAAAUCAGGGAUAAACAAAAAAGCUAUCAAUACAAUCAUAUUUGUAAUUGUAGUAUUCAUCAUCUGCUUUACCCCCUACCAUGUUGCAAUCAUACAACACAUGAUCAAGAAGCUUCAGAAUGAACCCUCAUGCACUGAAACUAAAAUUUUCCAGAAGUCACUCCACUAUACCGUGUUUCUGAUGAAUUUUAACUGCUGCCUAGAUCCUUUCAUCUAUUUCUUUGCAUGCAAAGGAUACAAGAGAACUGUAAUGAAAAUACUGAGGCGACAAGUGAGUUUAUCGAUUUCAAGCGCUGCCAGGUCACAUCACGAAGAAAGCUCACGCGAGGUAGGAGAAACACAGAUGACGGUACUUGCAAAAUCUUCCAAUGGAAAGCUACCUGAGAAACAAAGUCUGUAGUACACUGCAGGGAAAGAAGCUUAAAAAUCCAGGGUCCACAGCGAAAAACUCAUAAUUGUCCCUGUACAGAAGCUUAAGUAUGAUUCUGUUUCUGAGGAUGUCAGGAAAUCAAGGAGUGAUGUUGGACUGAGAAAGAACUGUCAUAGGACAUCAGGAAAAAUCAGCAUUAUAAAUUCCUAGCUGUAUCAUUGUGACCAAUUUCAUUAUUUUUUCCGGGAAGUAAGCACCACUGUGAAUGCUCUAAUUCCAUACUGCACAUACAUAUCCCUGGAUGUUAUUAACUCAAAGCAAAGACUUGAUUCACAGUUUAUCUGGGUGUCUGAGAAAGAAUUAGACUAAAAUAGCUUACAAUUCAGACUGACUACAACCAGAACAUCUGAAAAUUGCAAGACCUCUAGCUGAGCUCCAAUUACAGCAAUGGUUUUGUUAGCCAAGUCACACAAGCAAAGGAAUUAAUGAAAUUAUUUGGGUUGAAGGGACCUUAAAGAUCAUCCGGUUCCAACUCCCUGCCAUGGGCAGGGACACCUUCCACUAGAUCAGGUUGCUCAAAGCCUCAUCCAUCCUGGUCUUGAACACCUCCAAGGACGAGGCAUUCAUGACUUCUCCGGGCAACCUGUUCCAGUGCCUCACUACCCUCACAGUAAAAAAAUCUCUUCCUAAUACGAGAUCUAAAUCUGCCCUCUUUCAAAUCAAACUUUGAGAUAAAAUGCACAAUUCCUGUGCACAUCUGACUAUCACAAGUGCUAAGUUUAUAGACCUUUGGAGAUGAAAAUGCAUGUUAUAGUAUUUGAAGCAUGAAAACCUUAUUGGACAAUUCCCAUAGAUAACACUGUCAAAUGUAUUAGACUAAAAGUUAAUGAACUGUUUGGUUCACCCCAAGACUGAAUAUCUCCCAUAGGUUAAACAACUUAUCUUUGCAAGGUGUAUUAUCUCCUUACUCCUUUUCCUGAAAGAGAACUUUCCUUUCUAGUGUGUAUUGUAAAAAGUCUAUACUCUAGUUGUAUAUAAGUUAUUUAUAAACACAAAAAAUUAGUUGAAGUAAAGAGACUGUAACAUGAAAACUGCAUCAUUUCAGUUAAAAAAGCAGUGAUACAGGCUUCUUCAGAACUUCUGCUGAAGUCUGACAAAGACACAAGACAAAUGUUUUAUAAAUGUUCACAGCUGAAGCUACCAAAAAAUAAAGUUAACUUGUUAAUUCUGAUGGUGUGAGAUGGCCACUUCUUUUUAAGCACUGUUUACCUGAGUGAUCAAUAAAUGAGAACAGCAGGACUGGCUGGAAAACAAAAGCUGUCUCAUCAUGCCUUCAUACAGCACAUCCGGAAUCCCUUUGGGCAUACUGACAUUAGGCCAGCAAAGAAACCAAAUGACUUAAAACACAUCCUGCUGGAAUCGGCUCAAUACCAGUUGAGUAUCCAGGAUGCAAGCCCUGGGUUCCUGCUGUCAUGCCCUUCCGUCAUGUGUCAGUUUCCUUCUCUACUUUAUUUCUGGGCCCCAAGUCUUUUCUUUUGUCUUCUAUGUUAUUAAUAUGCCUUCAUGUGCCAACACAACUUGGUAAUUGCACCAUGACGUUGUGAUGGGAAAGGAAAAUUAAAGAGUGCCUGGUAAUUACUGGUAAAACAUAUGCCAGAUGCCAGAAUAAACGUUAUUUAUUGCAGCUGUAUCUCUCUGUCAUUGAGGUUGUAGUGGAAGUCAAACAAACAUAGUUACAUUUGUCAUCCUUGUAAUUCCUUCGUUUUUCAUCCAUUGACCUCCGCUAACCUGCAAACGUGGACAAGUCCUAUCCAAAAAGCAGUAAGAAAGCAUGAAAUUAACAAUGACUUUCUUAUGGAAAAGAAAAUGCAGAAGAUCCUAUAUUUCAUACCACUUAGAUUGUCAAAAUUGAGUUUUUAACUACAAAAGACGCUAUGCAACUACAGGAAAAUGGAAUAAGAAAAGUAAUUUUUAACAGGAGAAGAUCUACUUAAUUUUGUUUGCUAUAACAGUUAAGUCCUUGUCAGCUUUUUAAUAAACUAUUUUAAAAUAUUAUUUAAGAAUUUGUUCCUAUUGGACUAAGCAAAUGAUAACCUGAUAAAGCCACAGACAGACCACUCAUGAAUACCUAGAAGCUGUAAAAAUGAAAUAUAUAUACUAUUAACAUCACACUAGCACAAGCUUGCUUUAUUCUGCUAACAUCUGGGUUUUUUAAUUAUUGUUAUGCAUUUCAUCUAACUAUGAUCACAAAACCUUAAAGCCAAGAAGUCUUUUUCAUAUUUGUCUGUAAAAUGUAACUCAAGUAUGUAUUACAGCAUCUCAUAAUGCAGAUAUCUAUUCCCUCCUAAGAGGAAACAAAGUGAAGAUCUGUAUCGAAAAACCUUCUCUGUCCCCAUUUUCUCAUGCUAGCAGUUCUGUUAUUUUCAAAUUCAGACUUUGUUUCUAAAUCACAUCAACAUUAUCAAACAACUAACUUGACAUCAAAAUACUGCUUUUGCUCUAACAGGCUUUAGAGCAUUGGUCCAGGCUAGAUACAGAUUU